GGCGCCGUCACCGUCGGCCAAAACACGAAAAACCUACUCGUCGCCGCUUACCGCAAAUCGUUAUUUGUCGCGAGCCGUGAGGUGGUGAAGUGAAUAUUAUUCAGUUUUGUACGUACUCCCCCGCUCGACCAGCUCUUAUCUACCAGGUACCCGCGGAUUUUUUACGGUGCAGUGAUAACGUUCGGCGUUUUAUUUUCUCCUCCAGCCCGCCCACCUAGCCCACCAACGUUUUCUUUUGAUUGUAUAGCGUUACCUAUUACCAGCAGCUGCUGUUUGCUGCACUAAAACGGUGGCCGCGGUCGACAAUAAUUUUUUUACACACGGUUUAUAUUCAAACUAAAUGUUCAUUAUCGGUUCGAUAGCAGGGUGUUUGCGAUGCGCUGUUUGUUGUUCGCUACCGGAACAACGCGAUUGUCGUCGUUGUCGCCGCCUCCGUCGUAACGACGUAGUCGUCGCGCCGUUGUAAAAUAUAAAAAAAAAAAAAAACGCAAUACGGUCCGCUCGCGCCGCCCGCCAUACGAAACAUGUCCACCUGAUCACCGUAUCGUGUCCCAUCCGCUACCAACAUUGUGGUGACUGGCGUCCGUCUACUCGCACUCGCCUGCUCCUAUCGUACUAUUAAUUUUAAUCGUUAUACCCGUAUUCGAAUGGUGGACGCAUAGACGCAACCGACAAACUGGACAAGUUACCAGAGUAUCUCCGCGACACCGUGGACUGGUUUAUGGGGUGAGUACCGACGAGUAUCCGUUAUUUGAAGGCUCAAUGCUCUUUUUUAUUAGGCGUAAUGACUACGUAUUAAUAUACUAUUGACGUAGGUACAUACGUAACCAACGAAAAUCAAUGGUCUAAUUAAAACGCAUUAUUAUUUUUUAUUAAAAUUCAUUAAUUCGGUUCAUGUGUAACGUUAUCUGGGUAACGAUAUUUGAACAGAAAUGUUGUAUCUUAAUUUUGAUGACUGUUAAAUAAUUUUACAAACUGGGUGUUAAAGAAAAAUUUAAUUACUUAAUUAUACCCAGUUACCUUAUUAUUUUAUAAUUUUUCAAUAAUGUUUUUUUUCAUUUCAUAUUUUGUGAUAAUAGAUAAGUAUUUAGCAUAUUUCCUCAAGUCACAAUAUGUGGGUGCGACUUUUUAAAUAUUUAGGUUACAUUUAAGUAAUUUUUAGAAUAAUUUGAUUAUUAGUUUUUGUAUCUAUGUGAUUAUAUUGAUAUUGACACAGAGUAGGUAGUUGCCAUUUUUACAUCUCUACAAUUAUAUAUUUUGUCACCCUUAUUUUUGAGUGUAAAACCACUACCUACUUUUGAUUUUCAAAUGGCAACUUAUAUUAAAAGUCCCAUAAAUAGAUGGAUUAUUAGUUAAAAUAAAUUUUAAUUUCCGUUGAUUUGUUUACGAGAUAUUCCACUUUUAUGUUUGGGUUGGAGGAGAACAGUGAAGGAUCAUUUGUGUGGCGGUACGGCGGAUGGCGGGUUAAUAAAACAUUACUACCCUCUUCUAACCCAAACUUAAAAGUGGAAUAUCUAGUUAACAUUUUGACAGAAAUCAAAAAUGUCAACACUAUUAUUUAACAUUAAUAUAUUGUUUAUAUUGUAUAUUAACAUAUUUAAUAUUAAUUUUUAAUAUACAUUGUCCUUAGAAAAUUAAAAGUAGUUAGUUGUUUUAUACCCAAAAAUAAGGGUGACAAAAAAUAACACAAAUAUAAAAUUGUGGAGCAGCUUGUUUCUUAAAUGUUCAAGAAAACAAAUUCCGGAAAAAGUUAAUACUUAUCUAGAUAACAAGUGUACCCACUUAAAUGGAUCAUAUAAUGUAUAUUAGGGUAUUUAUAAAAAAAAAUUCCAGUUUGUGACCAGUGAUUUUAGAUAAAUAACGCAAUUUGUAUGUAUUUUAUUUUUUUUUACAUUUUAAAUUAUAACUAACUAAAAAUGGCACACACUAAAUCACCUUGUAUUUAUUUAUGUAAAUACUUAUAUUAAUAUUAUUUUAUUGUUAUUAUUAUUAACGUAUUAUGUUUCGGUUAUUUUUUUUAUCUGUUUUUCAAGCCCUUGCUUAUAGUGAUCAAAAUACUCUCAGACAAAUGUGAUCAUUAUAAGCGGUAAUCACUAUAUUAUGUAUUUACCUAAUAAAUAUUAGAUUAAUUUUUGAAGUUUUUAUUUUUUCUAGUACCUACCUAGUCUUUGGCUAAACUUACGUCAAUUUUACUGUCUAGUCUAACUAAACUUACAUUAUUUUUACUGUAACAAAAUUGUCUAAUUUAAUCAUAUUAUUACUUGUUAACAGUAAUUUUGGAAAUUGUAAUACGUUACUUUAAAAACUAAAAUACCUAGUAUAGUACUUAAUCUAUAUAAAUAGAAAGAAAAAAAGUUGGUUUUAAUAAUAACAUGACAAGUAGAUAGGUAUAUUAUUACAUACAGUGCCUGAAUUGUGUAGGGAAUUAAUUUUACAAUAAAAAAAUGUAAAAAAUAACUUUUAUUAAUACCUUUUUAUUAAAAAAUAAUAAUAGAAUUUUAGGCUCACUUCAAUCUUAUGUCUUCGGAAAGUGGUUCGAAAAAUAAGAAAAUUAACAACCUAAUGAUGGGUGAUCUAUCCUGUUAUCUUUGAGUGUUUGGACAUAAUUUAUUUUACAUGAAAUGUUUUUCCCAAUUCCAAAAGUCAGAUCAUUAUUGAUCUAAAUUUGUAUUUGGGACAACAAUAAUAAUGCUUACAGUUGAACUGGAUCUACAAAUAAAGACAGAAUCAUCUAAUGAAAGCGUUCCUUGAUUAAUUAAAUGAAGCGGUACGGCUAAAUUAUGAUACAGUGAAAGUAGACUUCGUCCGCUUACAUCUUCUGCCAAUUUGAGCACUAAUUAUAAUUAUUAAAAGUUUAUCUAAUACUUAUAUUAUGUUUUGUUAUUUUAAUGAAAUAAAUUUCAUUAGGUACCUUUAUUAUUUUCUAAUUGUCUUUAGGUACAUUGAAUUACUUUAUAGUUUCAGAAGUAAAUAGAUUAGUAAUUAAACUAAAUAUGUGAGCUAAUAAAAGUGUAAUGCUUAUAUAUUAAAGUAUGUAAAUUACUAUAAUUUUAUUACUUUUGAAAAGUAAUUUACCAAAGACCAUCAAUUGUAUAGGUGGUUAUUUGCAGUUAUUUGUUUAUUUGUGCUAUUUAAAAGAAUCAUUUUUAUGAAGUACCCAUCAAAGUAAAAUAUAAUUUAAGAAUAUACCACAAUAAAUUACUUUACAUAAUAUUACGCGUUAUAUAAAAUAUUUUUAAUUUUAAAACAAGGACAUUGUUGGUUUUUGUUUUUAAUUUUUUCUGAAAAAAAAAUACUACUACAGUCUGGCCGGCGAGAUAUCGCUAAAUAUCGCAAAAUAUUGCAAAAUUUGUCUGUUCUCGCGCAUUCCUACAGCGAGUAAGAAGUAGAGUAGCAGAAAUUUGGUCACAAAACCCUGGUGCUUGUUUGAUUAGAUGUGUGGAGGAGUAGCAUUCUCUUACUGGCCGGACUACAGCAUUGCACUGUAUUAUGUCUAUUGUAUAAUAUACUGGCUGUUAUAUCUAGUUUUACCCUUGCAAUAAAAUGGUUUCCUAUUGUCCACCAAAUAAGAAUAAAAUCUUGGCAAAUUUGUUUUUUCCCAGAAUAUUUAAAUAGUGUAGACUUAUUAUUGACAAUUCUAGCUUAUUUGCCGAUUAUUUAAAAAAAUGUAUAAUUUUAUUGUUUUUUAAUGCAGUGUACUCUAUCAUCAAAAAAAAAAAAAAACCGCAUGAUAAUAAUAAUUGGUUGAGUAGUUCCAAAGAUCAUUUAAAAUAUAGAGAUCAUGCCUGUUAUAUCUUUUUCUUGGUACAUUUGAACACUUAACAGCUCAGAACAUAUUAUAUUUAUUAUAAAUAAUAUAAUAUAAUUUAUUAUAUGUAUAAACUUAAUUAUUGAGUUCUAACUCUGGAAUUAGAAUUAUUUCAUUGGUGAAUUAAAGACAUGCAAUUUUGGUAGAAUUUAGAUAUGAACUUCACCAUGUUGUUGGGGGAUUAGGGUGAUUUGUUAGUUAUGUACACCCUUACAGACCCCUCCUUUCCCCAAAUGAAGCCAGGAAGAUCAGAUUUUGUAUGAGUAACAAGAAUGUGUAUUUUGAUUGUUUCAACCCCACCCCAAACAUUUUUUUUUUUGUUAAAAUUUUAUAUUUUCAUAAGAAAUACCAGGUUUAAAAAUAAAAUUAACCGGGUUGAAGUGGAAAUUAAAAUGUGUACAUAUAUAUAUAUAUAUAUAUAAAUAUAAUUGUGGAGAAUAAAAUAUUACAACAAGUCAGUUGGAAAAAAAUUUAACUCUAUUGAUGAGCUCUACUGUUAAUGUAAUUUUAAUUUUUUUAGUGUCAAUACCUACCUAAUUAGUUAGCUUAAUCACAAUUUUUUGUUAAUUUAAUUUAAAAUAAUAAUAUAAUGUAUUUGUUAUCAUUACAGUGUAAUUUAUCAACCAUAGAAUACUGUAAAACAUUAAAUUUAGGUUGGUAUCUGCUAAACAUGUUACUUAUACAGUUUUCACUAUAGCCUGUGGGUAUUGGUUUUAUAAAACAAAUUUUCUCUUUUAACUAAAAUAACAAUGUCUAACAUAUUUAAUAAAACAUGAAAAUUAUGAAUUAACUUUGUUUUUUGAUUUGGAAUUUUAAAAUUGUUUAAAAUGUUCAUCAAUGGACACACUGGGAUAUUGUAGGUACCUACAAUAUUGAAUAUGGUUGAUAAUAUUUAAGAUAUUAGAGCCUAGGUUACAAUUUUUUUAAAUUUAUUUAUUUAUUUUAUAGAUGAAGAAAAAAAUAGAUGUAUAAUUUUGAUUAGGUAUCCUCCUUCUAUUUUGUUCAUCAAUAAUAAGAAAGUAAUUUUGGUAAAAUGUUGUGAUGAUAGCUCAACCACUUGAUGUGUCGAAAAAGAGUUGAUAAAUGACCAAAGAGUGUUGUAUUUCAAAUUUAAUUAUUUAACGUAUCAUUUACAUCAAAACGUCUUGGCAAAAUUUCUCGUAAAUUUAUAAUUUUCUGAGAAAAUCUAUAAAAUAAUGAAAUAUUUUUAAAUUUAAGCUUAAAUUUUCUUUCAGUUUACAAAAAACUUUGUCAUGCCAUUUUCUAUAAAAUAAGAACCACCAUCCCUAAUAUAUAAAUAUAAUACUGUAUAAUAUUGCACUAUGACAAUUUUUAAGCUGACUAACAUAGAAAAAAAUUAAUAACAAUAUAUUAAAAAAAAGUCUGAUGAAAUUUCUAAUACAAAUAUGAAUAGUAAAACUAGUUGGUUUAAAUUUCCCAGGUAGAUUUUGUAAAAAUUGAAUUAGGUACUUAUAAAAAUCAUUUUUCUGAGAAGAUUCCUCUGUUAAAUAUACCUAAUGUGUGUGUGUUGUGUCAGACUUCACAAUAUUAUUAAAAAAUGGUGAUACUUGUCUACUUCUAAUAUACUUAUUAUACUAGUUGGAUAAUAUUGCAUUGUUGAACUGUAUUGUAUUUUAUUUAAUAAAAUAAAACAUAAUUAAAUUCCAUAGUUUACUGUACAAAUAUGUAUAUUAUUCAUAUGUUUUUAGGAAAGGUCGAAAGACCAAAGAUAAGGAAUCCCUAUGUAACGAUGAUAACAAAAUGUAUUUGGAAGAAGCUGUAUUGGAAAAAAAGUUACCAGACAUUGAUCUUCGAAUAUUAGUUGAAAUACCAAAUGGAAUAGAUUACAACGAGUGGCUUGCAUCUCAUAGUAAAUAUUUGAGACUCAGCUGUUAUUAUUUUACAAUAAUAAUGGUGUUAUUUGAAUUUAGCAAUUUCAAUUUUUGACAAUACCAACUUGAUAUAUGGAACUGUGUCUGAAUUUUGUACUAUUUCGGGAUGUCCGGAUAUGGUAGGACCAAGCUACAGGUAUCUCACAAAUUAGUAAUUGCAAAUAAAAAUUGUUGAUAAAUAACUUAACAAUACAUGUUAUAAGAGAUUUUUACUGUUUAUAAAUAUUAUUAAUAAUAUUGCUUAAUAAUUAGUAUGUAAUUUAAUAAUUAUCAAAAAUGAAAAAAAAAAAAAUACUUUUUAUUUAUUUUGGCUAAGUUCAUUACAUAUAAGUAUUUUAAAUUUACAAGGUACUUUUCUGGAGUUUGAUAGUUGAGAUAACAGAGUAGUUUGGUAGUUGUGGUAGUCAGAACUGAUCAGAAGUUAUAAUAACAGAAAAGUGCCUUUAAGGUUUGUUCUUACAUUGUCUGAUUCAGUGUCCAUAAAAGUAUUGGUUACAGCAAUCCAUUCUUCAGUUAAUGUAUAACUAACUGGCAGUUUUAAUACAAGUUAUUUAGUUAUUUACAGUGAUUCCCACAACAACUGCCCAUAUCUGAUAGUUUCUUGGCAACAGCUGGUUUAAUUUCUAGAUAAAACUGGUGAAAACAAUUAAUAUUCAGUAAUAAUUCCUUAUCGCAACAAUAGUUUAUUGAAUAUUAAUUGUUUUCAUACUUAUUUUCUAGAAAUUAAAACAGAUAUUACUAAGAAAUUAUUUAUCGGAUAUGAAUGUGUUGUACAUUAACAUUUUUAGAAUAAUAUCUUUAACAAAAUGGCUAUUUUGAAAAUUUUAUAAAGUGAAUAAAUAAAGUUAUUUAUUUUUAUUUUUUGGGGGGAUGGAAAUAAAAAUUUAAAAUAUUUAAUAUUAACAGCUCUUGAAAAAUUUGUCGAACAUGGUGGAUAGCUAAUAACUUUAUUAAUUACCUAUAUUUCUGGUAUCAUGUCUUAUGAUGUAAAAUGUAAUAAAUGGUUUUGUAUUUAUUAGAACCUAUUUGUGGUUUGAUGAAAAAGGGAAAAAAUCUCGAGUUGCUGCUCCCCUAUACAUAGACUAUGUCAUGACAUAUGUUCAAAAAACUAUCAAUGAUGAGACUAUUUUUCCGACUAAAUAUGGUAUGUUUGAACUAAUAUAUUAUGUACUAACAAAUAAUGUAUUCUUAAAUAAGAAUUCACUAAUUAUUUUUAUCUCACAUUUUUGUUACAGCUAAUGAAUUUCCUGUUGGGUUUGAGGUUGUGGUAAGAAAGAUUUUAAGGUUGUUGUUUCACGUUUUAGCACAUCUUUAUCACAGUCAUUUUCGUGAAUUAGUACUACUGAACCUGCACUCGCAUUUAAACUGUGUGUUUGCUCACUUGUCGGUAUUCAACCAUCGUUACCAAUUAAUUGAACUACGGGAAACUGAAAUUCUACAAGAUCUAGUGAUAGCUUUAAAAAUUUUGGGAGAUAAUGAGGAACCAAACACCAAUGAAUCUACCAAUGAAGAUGGUGGGGUCAUCAACAAGGAACCAACUAUGUCUGCAUCCUUUGCUGAUCAACCUAUUAACAUGUUCCAUAAUCUUUCUCAAGGUCCUUCUCCUACUAACGCAGAGACUUUGGCCUCUCAAUUUGAUAAUUUCUAGUCUAGUAAACUUUUAGACAGCAUUAAAUUUAAUAUUUAGAUAGGAAUCUAAAAUAUAGUAUAAUGUAUAAAUAUAUAUAUAUAUAUAUAUAUAUAUUAUACAUUAUACAUUUGAUUUUUCUAUCUAUAGAUUUUCCUAAACAUUUUAGAACUUGUCAGUCAGCAAACAAUAUAAAAUUAUGUUAUUUAGAGUAUAAAAUAUUUACAAAAAUUAUAAAAAGUAGAAUAUUUAUCAUUUAUUUUGAAAUUGAUUUUAAAUAUGUUUCAAUACUACACAAAAUUAAAAAAAAUUGUGGGUACUAUAUAAUUAGAUUUAAAAUAACUUUUAUAAAAAUCUAUUCUUUGCUGCAUACUAGUAUCAAAAAGAUUGAACAGAUGUCAUAACUUUUGUUCUGCUUAAUAUUUAAAAAAAAAUUGUAUAUUAUAAUUACUAUAGUCUGCACCAAGAUUCAUUAACUUUUUAUAUUUUUUUUAAAAACAAAAAAUUAUAAAUUAAAAUUUUUACAUAAUAUCCUCAAUUAUAAAUAUAUUUUGAAUACAAAUUUUGGUGUUCCAAAUAUUUACUAAUGAUAAAUUGUCAAGUUCCUAAAAAUCAUUUAUUAAAAUAUUAUAAAUUGAUUUAUAUUAUAUUUUGUUGUUUAAGGUAAUUUAAAUUGUUUUUAUUUCCAACAGUAAAUAAUAUUAAUUGAUUUACCAAUUUUCCCAUGGAAAAUGAUUUUAAUAGAUGUCAACAAAUUAUAGAAACUUGACUAAUCAUUAUGUGAUUAUUUAUAACACCAAAAUUUUGUUACAAAAUUGAAUUAUUAAUAACUCUUGAAUUUUGUAAAAAAAAAAUUAAUUAAAUAAUUAUAGCAUAAGACUAGUAAAUAUACAAAGAAAAUUAAAAAUAUUGAAUAGAACAAAGUUUACAUUUGUUAAAUCUGCAUGGGACAACUUGUAUAUAUUGUUCGCCACUAUUUCCUAAAACAGUUGAAAAUGUAAAGAAUGUAUUUCAUCCAAUAUUAUUAUUUGUUUACUGACUUACAGUCUUACUUUAUCAAGCUGAAAUUUUAUUUAAACUUCUAAAUUAAAAUAUUCAAAAAAUUUCUGGUUUUUUCUUUAAUUUAUACACAAAAACUACUGAAAUUAUAGCUGUUGGUCUCAGCAGCAUAUUUGUAAAUAUUUGUUAUUUAUAUAUUGUCUUAUGUGAUCUAUUUAAAAUAUUGUGAUAGCCAAAAUUAUGUCUUUUAAAACAAUAUUACACAUUCUUCAAAAAUUGUUCAUAUUUGUAAUUAUUAUACUAAUUACAUACUUUAGGCCAUACAUUAUAUGUAUGACCUUAUGCAUAGAAUGUCACAAUAACAUUUUAUACAAUGGAUUAUUGGAGUAUUCAUGAAAUUGAAAUGUUAAUUUUGUUCGACUUAAUAUUAUUAUAAUUUCCAAAAUGGUUUUUUUUUAUUAUUUGCAAUGGCAAAUUAUUUAACCGUCCAGUUUUUGUCCUUUUUAUUUUAUUUAGUGACCUCAGUAAGGGAUUAUGUUAUUUAUUAUUAUUCAUUUUUGUUUUUCAUUUUAUUGUGCGUAAACUAAAAAACUUCUGUUAUUAAUUGUUCACACUGAAAUCCUAAAUUUAAUCAACUGCAUAGUAAUUUCAAGAAUCUUAAUGUAAUUGCAGGUUGUCUAUAUUUUCAAAAAAAGUAAUACUUAUGUUUAUAAUAAACUUGAGUUACCUAUUAUGUUAAAAGGUUUUUAACUUUAUUUCCAUGUUCUGGAAUAGAAUCCUAAAGAAAAUUGGUAUGUUAAAUGUUGUACUAUAAUAAGACAAUUGUGAUUUUUUUCGUUAGAUAAACAUUCAUUAUUUAUUAUUAUUACUAUUAAAUACUUAUAUAUAAAUAUUAAUAUAUAUAUAUUUUUUUUUGAAAUAUUCUACACAUUUAAACUGUAUAAUACAAUUAUUAUGUGAGUAGUUAAAUAAUUAAUUUACCAUUUCUUAUUGUUUUGGGUGUUAAGUUUAAGUAAGUGUGAAGAAAAUUUUACCAUAUUUUUGUAUAAAAACCUUGGUACAAAACAUACACUAUUUAGGUGUACAAAUAAUAAUAAUUCAUAUUAUCAUAUACAAAUUUGAAUAAUAAGGCUGAGUGAAUGAAUGAAGAUAUUUAUAAAGUGUUGGUUUCAAAAUAUUUACAAAGGUUUAAAAUCAAUGUUAUUUUGUCUGUUGAAUAUGAUAAUAAUAUUUUAAAUCCCAAUUGUUUUGUUAGGCUUUUAGUAAAGAAACUCAAACCUGAUAACUAUUAACUAUUUUGUGUCCUGUAGGAGUUACUGGAGUUUAAUUCUAAUAGUUGUAAUAUCAAAAUAAAUAUUUGAGUUAGUGCAACUACCAAGUUCCUUUAACAUGUACCUAUCUAAUUAAUUUAGACCUUAUAUUUUAAUGUUGUCCAUGGUAAAUUAUUUAUUUUAGACUUGAAUAUAAAAUAAAACAGUGUUUGUAACAUUAAGAAAAGUAAUUUGUUAAUAAAUUAUGUUAUCUAUUUGUUUAAAUUUAAAAUGUAUU